CACCCCUUCUCUCUUGUCUAGUUACAACUCAAAUCCUUUCUAUUCUGUACUUUUCACUGUUGUAAAAUCUCAUUCCUUCUCUGUCUCUCUUUUCUUCUGUAUUUGUAUUUCUUGCUCAGUAUUUAUUAAACAAAUAAUUUAACCCCCUCAAGUUUCAUUUCUUCACUACCCCCACCCUCUCUGUUUUUCAUUCCAUUUCUUGAAAAAGUUUAGCCAUGAACAACGGUAAAGAAAAGUUGGUAGUAGAAGUGGUAGCAGCACAUAACUUAAUGCCAAAAGAUGGUGAAGGUUCAUCAUCAUCAUUUGUAGAAGUUGAGUUUGAGAACCAAAGACAAAAAACUCAAGUUAAAAUGAGAGAUUUAAACCCUGUUUGGAACGAAAAGCUUGUGUUUCAUGUUAGUGACGUGGCUGACCUUCCUUACCGGACUAUUGAAGUAAAUGUUUUUAACGAGAAAAGGUCAAAUACAAGUAGAAAUUUUCUGGGUCGGGUUCGAAUUUCGGGUUCCAGCAUUGCUAGAGAAGGAGAAGAAAUGGCACAGCUUUAUACUCUUGAUAAAAGAAGUCUUUUUUCUCAUGUACGUGGUGAGUUAAGUUUGAAACUUUAUUUGUCUACAACAGAAGAAGUGAAACAAGUUAUUAGUGGUAAUGGUGGUAUGGUUUCCCAAAAUGUUAAUUCCUCAUCUAAGAAGAACAAGAAAUUGCAGCAACAAACAAAUGCUACUAACAUGGUGCUCCAAAUGGGUCAAGAAAAUAAGGUAAAUUUUCAAAACCAGAACCAUUCAAAGCCAGUGGAGCCAGUCCCUGGUGACAUUAAGCCUGUUGUUAUUACUACUGUCCCUGGCCCCAUUAUCCCUGCCAUGUCCGGUGGCCAUGUCACCGGUGGCGGCGGUGGUCAUGGUGGUGGUGGGGUUGGUUUGUACACUUCUGGGCAAGGUGAGUUUUCUCUCAAAGAAACAAGUCCACAUCUUGGUGGUGGUUUGAAUAAGGACAAGACUAGUUCAACAUAUGACCUGGUGGAACAAAUGCAGUAUUUGUAUGUUAGAGUUGUAAAGGCUAAGGAUUUUUCUGUUUUUGGUGGUGGUGAGCUUGUAUCUGAGGUGAAACUUGGAAACUACAGAGGGAUUACUAAAAGGGUCUCCUCAAAUCAUGCUGAAUGGGACCAAGUUUUUGCCUUUUCAAAAGAUUGUGUUCAGUCGUCUGUGGUGGAAGUUUUUGUGAAGGAAAAUAAUAAAGACGAGUACUUGGGCCGUGUUUGGUUUGAUCUCAAUGAGGUCCCUAAACGAGCUCCGCCGGAUAGUCAGUUGGCUCCACAGUGGUACAGAAUGGAAGACAAGAAAGGCGAUAAGUCUAAAGGUGGUGAAGUUAUGGUUGCCAUUUGGUUUGGAACUCAAGCUGAUGAAGCCUUUGCUGAGGCUUGGCAUUCUAAAGCAGCAAAUGUGCAUUUUGAUGGUUUGUGUUCUAUCAAGUCCAAAGUGUAUCUGUCACCUAAGCUUUGGUAUUUACGAGUUGGGAUCAUUGAAGCUCAAGAUAUUGUUAUGGGGGAAAAAGGGUCAUCAUUGAUGAGAUACCCUGAGCUUUUCGCCAAAGUUCAAGUUGGGAACCAGGUUUUGAGGACUAGAGUUUCUCCGCCUGCUGCUACUAGAAGCCUUUCAAAUCCUUUUUGGAACGAGGACUUAAUGUUUGUGGUUGCAGAGCCAUUUGAAGACUUCUUGCUUGUAUCUAUUGAGGAUAGAAUUGCUCCCAACAGAGAGGAAAUCGUGGGGAGAGUUCUUUUGCCUGUUUCAAGCCUAGAAAGACGACUAAACGAGAAGCCAGUGACUUCGAGGUGGUUCAAUCUUGAUACCCAUUUGGGCAACCCGAAUGAUCCCAAAGCUGUGGUUAGAUUUGCCUCGCGGAUUCACCUCCGAGCCUCACUUGAUGGAGGUUACCAUGUGCUCGACGAGGCCACAAUGUAUAGCAGUGAUGUUAGGCCAACAGCAAAGCAGCUCUGGAAGCCCCACAUUGGAGUUCUUGAGGUUGGGGUUUUGGGUUCCACCAAUCUCGUGCCAAUGAAAAUGAAAGAAGGCAAGGGUGGCUCUACAGAUGCGUACUGUGUGGCAAAGUAUGGGCAGAAAUGGGUCCGAACUAGGACCGUGGUGGACAGCUUGUCUCCUAAAUGGAAUGAGCAAUAUACUUGGGAAGUCUUUGACCCUUGCACUGUUAUCACUAUUGGGGUGUUUGAUAAUUCUCGUGUAGACAAGAAUAUGGCUAACUCUAUGGCUGGAAACCGGGACUCUCGAAUUGGGAAGGUUAGGAUCAGGCUAUCAACUCUUGAAUCAGAUAAAGUUUAUACUCAUUCAUAUCCACUCUUGAUGCUGCAUCCUUCUGGGGUGAAAAAGAUGGGGGAGCUUCAUUUGGCUGUUCGGUUUUCUUGUGCUAAUAUGUUAAAUAUGCUUCAUAUGUACACGAUGCCAUUGCUUCCGAAGAUGCAUUACAUUCAGCCUUUGUCUGUAAAUCAGUUAGACACCUUGAGGCACCAGGCUAUGAAUGUGGUGGCAGCUAGGCUUAGUCGAUCUGAGCCGCCUUUGGGGAGAGAAGUGGUGGAGUACAUGCUUGAUCAUGAUUCUCACAUGUGGAGCAUGAGAAAGAGCAAAGCAAAUUUCUUUAGGCUGACAAAUGUGGUUUCUUGGUUUGUUACUAUGAGCAGGUUGCUUGAGUCCGCGCGCAAUUGGCAUAAGCCAGUGUACUCAGCGUUAGUGCUGAUUGCGUUUAUCAUUCUCGUAUUGGUGCCCGAGCUCAUUAUCCCUUGUGUACUAUUCACCUUGGCUGCAGUAGGACUAUGGCGUUAUAGGUCCCGCCCACGCCACCCUCCCCACAUGGAUACUCGACUCUCGUAUGCAGAAAGCGUUUAUCCUGAUGAACUAGACGAGGAAUUUGAUUCAUUCCCGGCAAGUAGAAGUGCUGAAAUCGUUCGAAUGAGAUAUGAUAGGCUGAGAAGCGUGGCCGGAAGGAUUCAAACUGUGGUUGGAGAUAUGGCAACCCAAGGGGAGAGAUUUCAGGCAUUGUUAAGCUGGAGGGAUCCAAGAGCAACAUUCUUGUUUGUAAUAUUUUGCUUCUUUGCUGCAUUUGGGUUCUAUUUGGUGCCAAUCAAAUGGGUGGUGGCUCUUUGGGGUUUGUAUUAUUUGAGACCACCUAAGUUCAGGAACAGGUUGCCAUCUAGUGCUGUUUGUUUCUUGAAGAGGCUGCCAACCAGGGCAGAUAGCAUGUUGUAAAAUCUUAGUCAUUGGUGGGGAGUUAGACAUGUAUUUUAUGAAGUGUAGGAUCAGAAUUUUAUCAAGAGUAGGAUUUGAGUUUUCUAUUUUGGAUUUCAGAUGUAGACUUGCCCUGAGCUUUUGCUGUACUAGUCUGUUUGUUCAAUGUUUCAUUGUAAUAUAUAUGGGGUACUUUCUAUUC